GACUCUAAAUUCAAGGUGCUGCGCGCCAGAUCACUCGACCUGCUUUGACGUUCAGGGGGUAGCCGCGGAAGGGCCGAAAAUGCUCACGCCGCUUCGCAACCCCCAUAGUGUGACGGAUAGGCUAAGGGCGCAAGGAUUUUUGUCUCCAAGCGUCUCUCAAGCGCAGCUCAGUGGGGAGCUGCUCCGGGAGAACCAGGAGUUGAAAGACAAGCUACAAGAGCUACAACAGCGCGUCAAUGACUACGAGGCGUUCCGCAAGAGGCUUACGGAGGAGGCUGAGGCGGCCGACGCCCAUGCCACCCGCAUGAUGGCGGACAAGCAUCGGGAGCUGCAGGAGGCGCUGGUGCUGGCCUUCGACCACAAGUAUGAGAGGGAGCGGCUGGAGAAGGUGCAGUCGUCGUUGCAGGCGGAGAAGCAGGCGGCUGAGGACCGCAUUGAGGAGCUGCGGCGCGGGCUUGAGGAGGCGCAGCGGGCUGAGGUGCAGCGGCGCGCCGACGUCGCGGCGCUGGAGGCGCAGCUGGGCGAGGCGAAGCAACGCCUGGAGAAGACGCUGCAUGACGUGCAGGCCAAGCAGGAGGACCUGGUCUCCAAGGAGCGCGGCGUGCUUGACGAGAUUGAGAAGGUGAAGGGCACCAAGUGCGACCUGCUGGACCGGGAGGCGGCGGUGCGCGAGGCGGAGCAGCGCACCGGCGCGCUGAGUGCGGAGCUGGCGCGGCGGGAGGCGGAGGUGGGAGCGCGCGAGGUGGCGGUGGACGGCCGGGAGGCGUCCGUGGCGCUGCGUGAGGAGGAGAGCAGCAAGCUGGCGGCGCAGCUGGCGGAGGAGCGGGCGGCGCUGGACGCGGCGAAGAAGGAGCACGAGGUGGCGGCGCGUAAACUGGAGGCGGCGCGGCAGGAGGCGGCCAUGAUUGAGCGGAACAACCGGCAGCAGAUCAACCUGCUAGAGGGGCGCGAGUUCGAGUACAACAAAAACAUCAUGGCACAGCGCAAGGAGGACGAGCGGUUGAAGCAGGUGGAGGCGGCGCUGGCGGCUCGCAGCGACGCCGUGGCGGCGUCGGAGCGGGGCCUGGAGUCGCGCGGUGCGGAGGUGCAGCGCAAGGAGAUCGACGUGGAGGCCGCCACCGUGCGCCUGGCCGAGGUGGAGGCGCGCGUGGAGGCGGAGCAGGCCGAGCUUGCGACCAAGCGCGAGGCGUUUGAGCUCGAAGCUGCGGAGGCGCGGGCGGAGGCGGCGCGGGUGGAAGCCCUGAAGCGCGGUCUGGACGGCGAACGGGCGGCGGUGGAAGCGGCGCGGGCGGAGGUGCAGGCGGCGCGCUCCAAGCUGGCGGAGGAGUCUGCCAAACUCAAGGCUGACCGCGAGGCGGCGGAGUCGGUGCUGGCUGAGGCCGCUAAGCGCACCAAGGAGCUGGACGCGCGGGACGGCGCCGCCAAGGCAGCCAUGGAGGCAGCCAACCAGGCGGCCGCCGCCGCCAAGGCGGCGGCUGAGGAGGCUGCGGCUGCCAAGAAGACCGUUGAGGAGCGUGAGACUGCGCUGCUGGAGGCCCAGGCAUCCGUCAAGAAGGCGCAGGAGCAGGCGCAGGCGCGGGCCGCCGAGACGUCCGCCGCCAGCGAGGCCUGCGUGGCCCGCAAGCACGACCUGGAUGCGCGGGAGGCGGCGCUGGCGGAGCGGGAGUCCAAGGUAGCGGUGGAGGCGAAGGCGGUGGAGGCGCGCAAGGCGGAGGUGGGCCGCGAGGCGGAGGACGUGGCACGGCGCGAGGCGCGGCUCAAGCCGCAGGAGAAGGAGCUCAGCGGCCGGGCGGUGACGUUGGCGGCCCGGGAAACCGGCGCGGCGGAGGUGACCAAGGAGGCGGCCAAGCGGCUCAAGGACGCGGAGGCUCGCGAGGACGCGCUGGCUAAGCGGGAGGAGGCGCUGGGCAAGCGGGAGGAGGCGCUAAAGGCCGCCGAGGCCGCGCUGGCGGAGCGGGAAAAGUCGUCCAAGGAGGCCACCACCACAAGCGGCAAGGCUACAAGCAAGAAGGACAAUGACCUCAAGCAGCGCGAGGCGGCCGCAACAAAGCGCGCUGCGGAGCUGGAGGCGCAGGCCAAGGAGCUGGCAGCCCGCGAGGCCAAGGCUGCGGAGCGCGAGGCGGCGGCGGCGGCGGCUGCCGAGGAGGCAACGUUCAAACAGCAGCAGGCGGGCGAGGCGGUGCGGCAGGCGGGCGAGGCGGCGAAGAGGGCGGCAGAGACGGCCAAGGCGGCAGCGGACGCGGAGGGGCGCGUGAAGAAGAGUGACGCCGAAAUCCAGGCUAUGCAGAAGCAGCUUGUGGCCGCCAAGUCGGAGCUGGCAGCGGUGCAGAAGCAGACUGCCAGCGCCCAGGCGGAGCGCGAGGCGGCGGAGGCGGCGCUGGCAAAGGCGCGCGAGCAGGCGCAGGCGGCGGAGGCGGCGCUGGCAAAGGCGCGCGAGCAGGCGCAGGCGGCCGAGGCGGCGCCAUCGACAUCCACCGGCGGCCGCAAGGGCCGUGGCGGCAAGGCCGCAAAGGAGGCGGAGGCGGCGCCCGCUGCGGACGAGGCAGUGGCUGCUGAGGCGGCGCGGAGGGAAGCAGCUGAGCAGCAGCUCGCACAGGCGCGGCAGGAGCUUGAGACGCUGCGCCAACAGCUGGCUGAGCAACAGGCUCAGGCCGCCGCCGCACAUGCUCAGCAGGAGGCCGCCGCCGCUGCGCCAGCAGUGCUGGAGGCUGCGGCCGCCCGUGAAGUGGAGGAGGACGCAGCACGCAACGCAGCCGCCAACGGCAACGCAGCUGUUGCUCCGGCCAGCAGCGGCCGCGGGCGGCGUACAAGCUCAGCGGCCGUGCGCAGCACCGCAACCACUCCCAAGGCUGCGGCGGCCGCGGCCGUGCCUGCUUCCACGACGGCACGCGCCGGUCGUGGCCGCGGCCGCGGCGCUGCCGCCAAGAAUGACACGCCAGUGGCCACCCUACCGGAGGCCGCUGAGGACGGUGCUGCGGCCGCUGGCGGGUUGGAGCCAAUCGCCGAGACGGAGGAGGCGCACUACGGCCUGCCCGCGGUGGCGCCCGCUGCCGUUGCAGCGGCGCCCGCACCAGCGCCAUCGCCCGCACCCGCGCGCUCCACGCGCAGCCGCGGCAGCCGCGACUCCCGCCUCGCAGAGCAGGCGGCAGCAGCAGCCGCUGCCGUGGCCACGACAGCGGAGACUGGCGGCCGGCCAACGCGCGCCACGCGGCGGGGGGCCGCCGCGGCGGGCGCUGCGGAGCCGCCCACGCCAGCGGAGGUGCUGGCGGCGGCGGCCGCGCCGCUGCCCUCGGACAGCGAGCCUCGUGCUACGCGCGGGCGGGCGUCUGCGCGCGCGACACGGAGCGGCGCGACCGGGACGGCGGCGGCGGCGGACCCUGAGGUCACCACGAAGAGCUCCAAGCGGCGGCGUGACGCAGGCGACCAGGAGGAGGAGGAGGGUGCCACCACCGCCACCAAGGCCAAGCGGCGGAAGUCAGGCAGCAACAAGCACCUUGGCUUGUUGGACGAGUGAGCGAGCGCAGUGCUGUAGGCCUGUCUGGCUGGUCUGUGUGCAAAGGUGUGCUUUGGAAUGGGUCGUGUUCUUAGGGGAGGCGGGCUAGGCAGCUGCGCGGUGGGCGGGACUCGAUUGCCUAAUGGCAUACGUAUGGGGGGCCAUGUGCGCGCUACGUGCGCCGCUCCCAAGCAGAGAUGACGGCGGCAGAAAGGACCCAGAGUGGACGUAGACACCGUGUGCUGCACGCAGACGUGACAGUGAAUUCGAUGACACGGUGAUAUCAAGGAGCAGGACUGCUGAGCGCUGGGUAGGCCUUGGGGUAGGCGAGAUGAAGGUUGAGUUUCAUGUUGGCCGAACCCCGCACUGAAGUAGCUGCACAUGAAGGGGCAUGUUUUGCCCGAACAUCAUUGUUGUGGGCUGCCCAUUGUAUUCGUGAAAGGCCGAACUGUUUGGUAUACUCACAUUCGCCACAGAGUCCGUGUGAGCCUGUGGCGCCUGAGUCGCAUGGUGCUGUCGUCGGUUUGUCUGCAAGUUGACCUCCGAACGCACGCUUAUUAUGUGACUGUAAUCUUAAAUAAUA